AUGGCUACGGCGGAGCACAGAGACACAGCGCCAUAUCUAUCAAUGAUUCCCCCAAUUCUCUGCCCGCACCGCCUCGGCAUCAUCUACGGCGCAGCAAACAGCCCACGGCCGCUACGAUAUUUCUUCGGAGCCACCCAGGAGCUUGUGUCUGAAGCACCACCUACUCCCAGUGUGCCAGCCAAAGUUAUUUACAAACCAGCGCCACGGGCCAGGCCCAAUAUGGCAGAACCCCAACAAAAGGAGCCGCAGAGAUCGAUAAACAAGUCGCAACGUCGGGCAAUUGCGGAGGGCAAACUGGUCGAAACAGUGAACGCUCUGUCAGCUACGGACUUUUUCGCAAAGUAUGCACCACAAGAUUCGUUGACCGAAUUGGGGAAAAGUCACCCCGAAAUGGAGUGGUCAAGACUGCAGGUGGACGCUGCAAAUGUGCCUGGUCGAUGGUUGGAUGCGUGCCUGCAGUUGAUCGAGGAGACCAGUGCUCAGGACUACCAGAACUCGGAGAUCAAGUGGUCACCCUCCAAGAAGAGGAACGAGAUGAAGUCGCCAGACAUGAAAUAUAUCAUUCUGCUUCAUGGUGUCUCUCGGCUUGCCGGCUUCGUCUCUUUCAUGAUCACCUACGAGGAUGGUUACGAGGUCCUCUAUAUCUACGAGAUUCAUUUUACUCCUGAAUGGCGGGGCAAGGGGUUGGGUAAAGAACUCAUCAAGAUUGUCGAGGUCAUUGGCCAGAAUGUCGGCAUCACCAAAAUCAUGUUGACUGUCUUCCGGGCAAAUCGUCGAGCUGUUACCUGGUAUACUCAGCUGGGUUACGAAGAAGACGAUUUUUCUCCUGGUCCACGCAAGUUGAGAAACGGCACUGUCAAAGAACCAAGUUAUAUCAUUCUCUCGAAGCAAGUGAAACGAUAA